CCUCCUCCCGGUGUUUAUUAGGGGAGGGAGGCGGAGGCGGAGGCCAGUUCCCUAGCUCCAGACGCCUCGUCCGUACCGUCGCAGCCGCUGUCGCCGCCUGCCCGCCAGCCUCGGGUCGGAGAACGCGCGCAAGCUCGGGCGUCCCGCUCCAGCCUCUCCAGAAGCCACCAUGAACCCCAACUGCGCCCGGUGCGGCAAGAUCGUGUACCCUACGGAGAAGGUGAACUGUCUGGAUAAGUUCUGGCAUAAAGCAUGCUUCCAUUGUGAGACCUGCAAGAUGACCCUGAACAUGAAGAACUACAAGGGCUACGAGAAGAAGCCCUACUGCAAUGCACACUACCCCAAGCAGUCCUUCACCAUGGUGGCCGACACCCCGGAAAACCUUCGCCUCAAGCAGCAGAGUGAGCUUCAGAGCCAGGUGCGCUACAAGGAGGAGUUCGAGAAGAACAAGGGCAAAGGCUUCAGCGUGGUGGCGGAUACCCCCGAGCUCCAGAGAAUCAAGAAGACCCAGGACCAGAUCAGCAACAUAAAGUACCACGAGGAGUUCGAGAAGAGCCGCAUGGGCCCUGGCGGCGCCGGUGAGGGGUUGGAGCCGGACCGCAGGGACACCCAGGACAGCAGCAGCUACCGGCGGCCCCCAGAGCAGCAGCCUCAGCCACACCACACCCCAACCAGCACCCCCGUUUACCAGCAGCCGCAGCAAGUGACUCCAGCCUAUGGCAGCUACAAGGAGCCCGCGGCCCCGGGGUCCAUACAGCGCAGCACCCCAGGCGGGGGCGGGAAGCGGUACCGCGCAGUGUAUGACUACAGCGCUGCCGACGAGGACGAGGUCUCCUUCCAGGACGGGGACACCAUUGUCAACGUGCAGCAGAUCGAUGACGGCUGGAUGUAUGGGACCGUGGAGCGCACGGGCGACACGGGGAUGCUGCCGGCCAACUACGUGGAGGCCAUCUGAGCCCGUGCUGCCCAGCCUCCGCACACUCCGGCCUCGCGUCCACCGGGCAACUGUCCGCCCUUCCGUGUCUCUGUCCUUUAAGAUCUGCAACAGCUUGUUUGUCCCCAACCCUCCUCAGCCGCUUUGGCCACCCGAAGCCUCGUUCUGCCACUGUCGGGCCCCCUCUCUGGCCAGUUUCCCCCUGACCGACUUCUCGGUGUUCUCUCUGGAGAGAAGAGCUGGGCUGGAACAGUGCUGCCCAAGGCCGCCUCCCCUGCCCUGGGCUGCUGGCCCCUCCCCGGCCCAGGCCCUUCGGGGGACCCUAGUGGGCCGCCCCUCCCUUCCUCACAGAGGGGCCCUCGAAGACCGGGUGGGGAAAGGGCUCUGGGUAGUUCAGGGGGAGCUGCUCUCCCACCUGUCCCCAGUCCCCCGGGGAAGGCCUUGUGGGCCUGGGGCCGGCAGGACCUUGGUGUUCCGGAGACAGGCGAGGGGGACACGGGGCAGGGUGUGGCCCCAGCUCUGCCAGAUGCUUCCCUGUAGGUCAGUGAGCAGCACCUUUCUGUGGCCCUGGGCAGGAAGGAAGGCACCCUGGGCACAGUGAGUCUGUCCUCCUCCCGGCCCCUGAAGGACUGAGUCACCCACACUGGUGGCGUUUGGACCAACACCCCCACCCCCGUGUAGCAAGGCGGGGCCCAGGGCUCCGGAACCGGAAGCAGAUUUCAAGGAGAGGCAGGAAGAUGGUGCUAUGCCCAGGCUCCUCUGUGCCGGGGCCGGACAAACCUAGCCUGGCAUCAUUCAUCUCUGAGUCUCCUGUCCCUCUCCUGGGCCUCCUCCCAUUCCUACCCUGAGUCCGACCACAGCUGGCCCCCCAGAUGCUGAGCCCCCCCAGCCCUCCAGCAGCUGCCCCGCGCACUGCACACCAGUGCUCUCAGGUGAGGGAUUCGCCUUGGCGGCUCGUGUGUGGACUUGGGAAAACGCCCCAAGAGCAGUUGGAGGAAGUGACUGCUAGUGCCCCUGCCCCUUUCCUCUGGCCCCAGCCAGCCCCGGUGAGGGAGGGAGUGUCCUCUCUGUCAGUAAGCCUCUCAGGAGGCCAUGGUUCCAUCCAGUUCCUCUCCGUCUCAAAGCACAAUGUGGAUCUGGGGACCCGUGACUGGGAUGAGGAACCAGAGGGCCUGCAGCCUCCAAACUUUGCUUCCUGCUCGAGGCAGGCAGCUGCUCCAUUUUCUGCCCUAAGAAGGGGACAUGCGUACUCCCAGAGAGACGAGGGGCUGCCACACUGGUGCUGAGGGACGCAGCGCCAGGCCCAGAGCCACCACCCCAGCACAGGCCCUCCCACCGGGGCAGACCUGGCCGCUUGCUCCAGGACGGGAGGCUUGAGCUACAAUGUGACCAUGACUUUCGGGACCAAUCCCACUGGUGACAACCGUGGGCUCCCAACCCUGCUUCCUGGUUCCCCUCACAUCCCUCCAGGGAAGGCUCCUUUAUUGCUUCAUUUCUGCCUUUUUAUCUUUCACAUAAUGCACUUUUGGGCCAUUUUUUUUUUUUAAUAGCUGGAAAAAAAUGAAACCGUCCCACCCCACGAGCCUGUAUUUAAAAAGAAACAAGUGACCCUGUGGGAUUGGCCUUUGUCCAAACAUUUCACUGUCUGUGUGUGAAGCGCCCGCUCACCCUUUUUAUGGGGCCGUCGUCUUUCUCAUCUGUUUGAUCCCCUCCCUUGUGGGCUUGUGCUCCGAAUCAGACCUUUGGGGCCUGUUAAUGAUUUUGAACAUUUGACUUGAACCACAAGUAAAUCUUUCUCCUGGUGACUCAAAUAAAAGUGUAAUUUUUACCUGCG